GGUUAAAAGUACUGUAUAUAUAUGUAGCGUUUCUUCACUUCCCACUCUCAAAAAAGAUUCAAGAAAAUCACUUGAAACCUAGAUGCAAUAAGUAAAAAAAAAAAAAAAUGAAUCAAAACCGCAUUUCCCCCUCCAAAUUUGAUAGAAAAAGUAUUGAAAAAAACAGAAGAAAUCAGUUGAAAGCCCUCUACUGCAAACUCUGCUCUCUCCUUCCUCGUCAAUCGUCAAAGGAAAUAGGCAAUAUGUCAGAUGAAUUAGGGGAAGCUGCAAGCUACAUAAAGAAGCUGCAAGAGAGGUUGGAGGCGAUGAAGCGGAAGAGGGAUUUUUUGAAGGUUAGAAAAUCUGAGAAUUUGAAGUCGAAUGAAUCCGAUGGUGGGAGUGAAGGGCCGGUGGUCCAAGUUGAUGGCAACGGCUCCACUCUGAAGGUGGUUUUGAUGAGUGGAAUCCAAGAGCAGUGCAUGUGUAUGUGCAUGUUGAAGGAAACUCUUAGGAUUCUCAUGGAAGAAGGUGCGGAUGUUGUUAGCGCCGCUUUCUCUGUGCUGGAUCGAACCGUCAUUCACACUGUGUAUUCCCAGAUUGGAGGCAGUGGAUUGGAAAAUGAAGGUGCAAGAAUAUCUGAGAGACUCAGGAAGUUCGUGGCUGAUGAAUAUUAGUCCCAGUUAUCGAUUUUUAAGUUUAAUUACGAAGAGAUCUAAAUAAAAUAAAUCUUGGGUUUUCUUAUUCAGUGUUUGGAUUUGGUGUAGUGCAAACAAUAACUGAUAAUUUCCAUGUUUCUAAAUUUGGAGAUGCAAGCGAUCAUAUAUAAUCAGUCAAUGGGAAUUCCUCAAAAAAAAAAACAGUCAAUUGAUUGUGUAGUUUGAAGAUGUUGGGGUCGUGUUUACAGACAAUGAAAGAAGCAGAAGCAGCAAGAAUAAUGGUUGGUAUUGCAUUGUGUGUUGAAUAUUGAUUGGUUGUUGAUGGACGGUGAUAAGUGUGAGUCAAUAAUAGAAGUCCGCGUUGUGUGUUUGAUGUGAUGGACGGUGGCUCCCACAUUCGGAUCGGAGUUUGGGCGUGUUUGUUGAUGGACGGUGGAAUGCUCAACCCUUCGAGUAUUGACUUAAAGUGUUUGGCAGAGCAAAACACCUUAUAAGUUGAUUAGGAAUUUAUAAGUUUUUUUAAAGAGUUUGACAAAAUAAGCUUAUAAACAGCUUAUAAGCUUCUUAAAAAAUGAAUUUCUCUACCUCAAUUUAUUUUUUAUAAUUUCAUAUGUAAUAAUCAUUUUACAAAUAUUUUUCAAUUAUAAUUUAUUAUUUUCAUCAUA